AAACAUAAAAAUGCUGUUUAAUUUAAAAAACUGUGGUAAAAAUGGUUUGUUGCAAAAAUUUGUGAGGCAGGCUAGUGCUCAUGCGUUAAAUGUUGCGGAAAAAAUUAAAUUGAAGAGAAGUGAAGCCUUAUUGGGGGGUGGGAUAAAAAGGAUGGAUGCACAGCAUAAAAAGGGUAAACUCACAGCUAGAGAGCGAAUACAGUUAUUCUGCGAUGAGGACAGCUUCGUCGAAUAUGACAUGUUCGUCGAACAUACUUGCACAAACUUCGAAAUGGAGAAACAAAAAUUCCCUGGAGAUUCGGUAAUAACAGGCCACGGCCUGGUGAACGGCCGACCAGUCUACGUAUUCAGCCAAGACUUCACAGUAUUCGGAGGAAGUCUGUCAAGUAUUCACGCCAAAAAAAUCUGCAAAAUUAUGGAUCAAGCGCUCAUGGUGGGAGCGCCAGUUGUGGGUUUAAACGAUUCUGGCGGUGCUAGGAUCCAAGAAGGCGUCGAUUCACAGGCUGCCUACGCAGAUAUUUUCCAACGAAAUGUUUUGGCUUCAGGAGUAAUUCCUCAGAUAUCCAUGAUUAUGGGACCAUGUGCUGGAGGGGCUGUAUAUUCGCCUGCUAUGACCGAUUUCACUUUUAUGGUGGAAGACACUUCCUAUUUGUUUAUCACAGGUCCAGAUGUUGUAAAAUCUGUUACAAACGAAAAUGUUACUCAACAAGAUUUAGGGGGAGCCAAAACACAUACAUCGGUUUCUGGAGUAGCUCACAAAUCUUUCAAUAAUGAUGUUGAUGCUUUACUACACUUAAGAGAUUUUAUGGGAUAUCUGCCACAGUCCAAUAAAAACUCUUCAGUUAUUAGAACUUGUGAUGACCCAUGUGAUUUAGAUGUUCCUCUGUUGGACAAUGUGAUUCCCCCAGAAACCACCGCACCCUACGAUAUGUUGGACAUAAUUAACGCCAUCGUGGAUGAGCGAGAUUUCUUCGAAAUAAUGCCGAAAUACGCCAAAAAUAUCAUCAUAGGCUUUGCAAGGAUGAAUGGCAGAACUGUGGGAAUAGUGGGAAAUCAACCUAAGGUGGCUGCCGGCUGUCUAGAUAUAAACGCAUCUGUAAAAGCAGCACGAUUUGUGAGAUUCUGUGACGCAUUUAAUAUUCCACUGAUAACGCUUGUGGAUGUUCCUGGAUUUUUGCCCGGGAUAAAUCAGGAACAUUCAGGGAUUAUAAGGCAUGGUGCUAAGUUAUUGUAUGCUUACGCUGAGGCUACGGUUCCUAAGUUAACAGUUAUCACAAGGAAGGGAUAUGGAGGUGCGUAUGAUGUAAUGUCAUCAAAACACCUACGAGGCGAUGUUAACUACGCCUGGCCAACGGCAGAGGUCGCUGUAAUGGGAGCUAAAGGUGCUGUUUCUAUUUUGUUCCGAGGAAAACCUGAUGUUGAGAAGUACGAGGCAGAAUACAUGGAUAAGUUUGGAAACCCAUUCUCGGCCGCACAAAGAGGUUUUGUUGAUGAUAUUAUUGAACCAAGAACCACAAGGUGGAGAUUGUGUAGAGAUUUAGACUUACUGCAAACCAAAGAGUUGAAAAACCCGCCCAAGAAGCAUGGUAAUAUACCAUUGUAAAAUGCAUUUUAAUAAAAUGUUAUACUUACUUUUUUGUAUUAUUUACCUAUUGUUAAAUAUAAAUUAAUAAAACUCCUUUUGAAUUAUUUCAGUCUUAUUUAAUGAACUUACAACAAUAUCUUACAUUUCAUUUAGACUAAGCAAAAAGAUAAUAAAAAACGAAACUUAAUGGUGUUAGACACGUGUAAAAUCUUAAAUGUCAAUUUUUGUUAUACCUAUGAAGUGCAAAUGUAGUGUUAAAUGAAACAAUACAGAACAAUUUGAUUAUGAAAUACCUUGUAAAUGUUUUCUCUUCAAAUUUUCUCUAUAUAGGCCAAGGGAUUUCACUAGAGCUAAAUCUAUGUUUUUUAAUAAUAUUAUCAGUAUAUAUCACAUUGGGGGAUUUAAAAUAUUCGACCGCUUCGAAUAUAUAAAAAGCCAUUUAAGACAACUAUUUGCUACUUAAAAUUAGGAUUUCUUUAAAAAUACACAAUUUAGUGUGUUUUAAUUUAAAUAUCUCGUUAAGAAAAUGGAAUAUGUUAUUGGAAGGUAUCCUGCAGUUUUUACUCAAUAAACUUAUAAAGACGGCAAACGUUUUUUCAUUUAAUUGAACUGUUUUAAACUAUGUUAAUAAACAUCUAUUUCACAUUUAGGGGCGUCUUUAAGUGCCCGAAACUAUUUGACAAUUUUUUUUUGUACCAUAAAACUGGUAAAUUAAAUAAUCCGACACUUAGAGAACGCCCAUACAUUUAUAUUUAGGCAUAAUUAUUAUGUAUGUAUAUAUUAUCAGUCACAACAAUAUUACAGAUUUUUAAUUAGUAUUUUGAUACUUUUAUCGUAUUAUAGAAGAGCAUCUAAUUUAUCUAACUGAUUGUUCUAAUAAUAUUAAUGCACAUCAAUAUUGUUAUUACGCGCGUAUAAUAGGGUGAUUAAAAAAAUAAUAUUUUUUUUACCUUUGACACUGAAACAUUCUAUAAAGUGCCCACCAAAUUAACCUCUUAAUAUCAAUAGAAAGAUCCUCCUCAUCACAGUUUUCCAUUUUUUCUUAUUAAUCAAUCAAGUUAAUCAAUUAAUCAAAUUUUUAUACAUAUUUUUGGAGAAAAUUUAACGCUCUACAAAAAAGCUCUGAUGUGUUUAAUUGAUUACUCCAACCGUUGAGAAGAUAUUCGUAUCCGAAUAUCAAUGCGUACUGAUACGAAUAUCUUCUCAGCGGUUGGAGUAAUCAAUUAAACACAUCAGAGCUUUUUUGUAGAGCGUUA